UCUGUUUAAAACAAGCCGUCAGGCAAUAAUAUUUUGAGAUAACGUGGGUGUAGUUGACAACAGUGUACAUUUCCUAGCACGUGAUUUCUUGCUUGCCAAGCCACUUCUUUGCAAAGCUCCCAUUUCGAAUAAAGCGAAACCAAGCGUUUCUUAAAAAGACAGGCAACGCUGUCAGACUAGAGCAAACAUUACAGGCUGACCGGCAUUUAAUAACUAGGAUAACUACAGCAGCAUAUUGCCUUUCAGUUACUGUAGUCACUGGAAUAAGUUGCUGCAGAGACUACACGUUUCAGUUUCAACAAUGUAUACGUUGUUCAUUUAGCUCAGACCAGCCACUAAAAUAUAAAAGAAAGGUGCCCGGUGAAGCAGCAAACAAAAAAUUAUUUUCCAAAUGGACGAAACGUUUGUGGACUCGAGUCCAACGCAGUCAUCAGACGAUUCUCAAGAAAGUUCAGAGAAUUCUACUACUGGUGACAGGCGGAUGAAAAGACGAGAAAAGAACAGAGAAGCAGCACAACGAAGCAGACAGAAGAUGACGGCAAGAGCAGAUGAACUUCACAAGGAAUAUGAGAAUUUGGAAAAAGAAAAUAGAUCUCUAGUGGAAGAAAUAAAAGGACUCAAGGAAAAUGUAGCAUUUUGGGAGAAGGUAUGCAAGGAACAUGAAUCAAAAUGUUUUCUCUUUCCCCCAGAUCUUAAAGAGCUGGGCAGCUUACUCCACCCUGCAUCAAUUUUUUCAGGAACAGGAUUUUCUCAAGAAUUAUUGAGUGAUCUUUUCAGUUCUGACGAUUUAAAAAACUUGAUCGGAGAGUGCUUCUGAGAACAUGUUAUUUAUUAACUUUUAUUCUGGUGCUGUGGACUAUUGCUGGUGCCAUGGACUAUUAAUGGUAACCUAAUGGAAUCUGAAGCACUGUUCCUGUGUUAGAGGUUGUGCUAAUGUACAAAAUAAACUUUUUGCAGGGUUCAGACUACAUUGCAUUAAGUGUCAUAGUCCACAUUUGUCUUUCCAAGUUGAUGUAUCCUGGAGGUAAUGAAUGAAUGAAAGAAAUGACGUAGGAGCAUAAGGAAUGCUAUCCUGAUUUUCUUAGAAGGUAAGAGAAAGGAUGGUUUUAGAACAUGUUGAGAAGACUGUGUACGUUCCUCAAAGAUAAAGUAGACCAUGAGACAAUUAAAGUUACAGUGGGAUGGACUUUUAAGUAGUUUUCCUCUUCCAUUUGGAGCAGGAUGAAUACAGAAGGAAAAACUUUCUGUCCAUUUUACAUCGAGUAUGAAGAGGAUGCAGAUUUACAUACACUUUAACUGGAAGCUUUAUCGUACUCCGUUGGCUGUAAAUGAUACUGUUGAAGGUGUUUACAGUGAGAGAUGCUGGAAGGUUUCACAACCUCUUCACUUCAAGUAUUCUGUAUCAGCAGCAUUUGUUGCUGUUAGCCAUCUUAACAACUAACCAGUCAACUAAAAUUAUCUUAUCAGAAGUUCAAAUUUUUGAGCACAGAUCAAAAAUAAAUUUAAAUUUACCAUUCAAAAUGAAUGCUCCCAUGGCAAAACAAAUUUUGUAUGUUUAAUAUUUCACAAUUCUUUCAUAUGAAUUCAUUAGUGGUUUCUUAUUUGGUACCCUGUUGGAAGUUUGAGACUAGGUUGUAUGAAUUCUGAAACUGAUAAACUUUGUGUGAUUCAUAUGUGGUAGCAGUAAACUGUAAAAGUUGCUAUUUUUGCAGGGAGAUAGGCAUCACUGCACCCAACCCCACUGUUUAGAUAUACUAAUUCCAAGGUAGCUUUACCUUGUAGAAAACAAAAUUCUACAAGUUACAGUAGUUUUGGACUUGUAUAUUCCUGGUAAUUGGACUUAAAUUUUCUCAGUGCAAAUGCUCACACUUAACUGUCCUUGAAAUUAUGAUAGGAAUCCUUCUGGUACAGGAUGGCCAAAUAAAAAUACUCAUGGCUUGGCUAUCAUUUUGCCAUUAGGUCUGUUGGGAUAACUUAUUCUGAAAGAGAAUUUGAAAAAUCAAAGAUCAAUUUUGUGAAGACCAGUAUUUUGUGAGCAGGAAUCUGAACAGUCAUUUCAAAUAAAACAUUGUUAUUUUUUUCUACAGGAGUAAAGCUCCACAUAACUUCAAUGUACAGGGGAUGAUACUAAUUUGCAUAACAUAUUGUCAGUGACGAGUCAGCAGAUAAGACAUAUACUUGUAAUACUGGCAAGAUCAGGAGGAUAUUGGCUGUAAGAGUGUAACCAUAUGCAUAAAUUCAUGUUCCAGUAGUGACAGUUUCUCUCAGAAAAUGUUCACGUCCCUUCUUUCAGAAUUGGUGGAACUUAAAUGGCUAUUAAAAAUCCCUGACAGUUAUCAAUGGAAGAGUAGUGUUUUUAAGUGUUUCAACAGUUUACACAAUAAAUAAGAAUAAUAAAAAAGGAAGAUUGCUGUAAAUUGUGUAUCUUGCAAAUCGCUGACAAAUAAUUAAGCUUAUAUUUGAUUAUCACAGGCAUUUUUGUACACACUUCCUCACUAUAUAUGCUUAAAUUUUCUGUAAAAUUUGCUCACUUACCUACUUUGUAUUAUUUAAUAGUGCACUACAUCUUCUACCUACAUUUUACUUGACCUUAUUGCAAAUAUUUUGCCUAUAGCCAUAAAUUAUGCAUCCACAAACAAACUGGUUCAACAAUACCCUUAUUUAUGGGAACAUGAUAAGAUUAAAUGUUUUGGAGUAUGGAUUAAGAAGGCUUCUGUCAUGACUGCUAAGGAUGUGUGGGAAGAGACUAAAGAAAAUAUAAUACAAAAAAACAAGAAACUGGAAGCUGUUGUUUAUGGAUAGUAAGAUACAAGCAGUAAAAGUUUUUAGGCACUAGUCAUAAAUAUGGGUCAGGUAUAUUUUUAUCAACUCGAGGAGAAGUUGUAGACGGUAAUUAAAAAAUAAUUGACGGAUUUCUUCUGGGAGGAGAAGCAGGCAAGAAUUAAUUGGGAUAAGCUGAUCCUUCUAAUAGAACAAGGUCGCUUAAGAUUACUUGCUUUGAAGGGAUAUUUUAGAGCUACAAAAUUAAGGCUCAUAUACAUAAUACAAGCAGUAGACUAUCACUCACAAUAGAAAGAGAUGAUAAUGAAGCGAGGGGGAAGUUCAAGAAGUAGAAUGAGAGUGGUAUUUUGUAUGUAGCUCCUUAAAGAUCAUGAUAAGAAACAUACAUAAUAUUAUAUUCAUAAAGUAACCAAACUAACUCAACAUGAGAAUGGAGAAAGGAGAUUUUGCCAAUAGGGAUAACAACAAGUAGGGGUGCAGAAAGUAGGCAAGAUGGGGCUGGAAUAUACUGGACAAAACUGGCAAAGGAAUCAUGAUAUUGGGAACAAAUAACUAGAGAAGGAAAUGUAAUAGACUGGGAUGAAGACAAGAAGACAUUUGGCUUGCAGGCUAGAGACUACCUUCCCUACCAGGGAUUGAUAUUAGACUAUAGCAAAUAGAAAGGCACAGGGGAAUCUUAAGUGAAAGACCUGCUGUGGUAGAGUUUUUAGUUGAAUUCAGAACAGAAGCUGCUGUUUAAAAAGGCAUAAUUAGUAGGGCAUAUAAAAUAUUGCAAGAUAACUACAAGAAUCAAUUAGAGGAAGUUAGAAAAGAUUAGGAAAAGAGGCUGUAAAAGCAGUUAACAAAAUAAUAAUGGGAGAGCACAUGUAUAGCUCCCAAGUAUGCAACAAACUGCAGAAGGUUUAUGAUUUUUGCUUGGAAGUAUUUGCAUGGGUAUUUUAUACCCAAAGCAGACUUCAAAUAAUUUUGUAGUAAAUGCUGGAGGUGUGACAGGGAAUAAAGAGGGAACUAGGAACUUAUGUUUUGGGAGUGUAAUGAGUUGGCAGAUUUUAAAAAUUUCCUACACUCUACUCUAUUAGAACUAUUGGAUGAGAAAAUGGCUGUAAGUAAGGAAAUUAUUCUUUUGAGAUGGGAUACAGGAUAUGAAUUGCCUAGACAUAGUAAGACUUUAUUAAGUUUAAUUUUUUGGAUGCCAAAAAAGCAGUUGCUAGAAAAUGGGAAUCAGAGUCUACACCAACUGUAUUUGAAGUAUUGAAUAUUAUAAAAGAGAUAAGAGAAAUGGAAGAGGGUUCUUUAGAAAAGGGAAAGAGCAAAUUACUUAGAAGUAAAUGGAUAUUGACGGAACAACACAUGCAUAAUAAUGUUCAGGAGGAGGUGUGAAGGCAGGAAUUCAGCAUUUUUUUUUGUAAUGCUGGACUAAUGACA